AUGUCAAUAGAGCAACUGCUUCAGAAUCUUCAGAUUUCUGGGUCGCGCUCCACCAAGUCGCGUCAAAUCGAUAUUCGGUGUCCUCCUGUUCAACGUUAUGAACAACACUACGGUUAUCGCCUCAACCGAAGAUACUUGCUCAACCUUGAGAGUAAAAUCAAAACCAAUCCCAACGCUUUCCACUACCCCUUGACGCUGGCUCGCAAGUGGAUCCAGCAUACGUUGCAGCUCCCUAUUUUUGAGUUCAAGUAUUGCAUUGACCCGGAGCGGCGCGAGAUCGAGGAGGUACCGGCAGAUGAAGAUGUGCAUUAUCAAGACGAGGAUCGAGACGAGGACGAGAACGACGAGGACGACGAGGUUGUCAUAGUGGUCCUUGCUGUUUGUUCGGAUGAUCCCGAUAGCUUCGAUGCACGACCUACCGAAGAGCAAAUGACGUUGUUGACGAAUUUGCUUGGUGACGCCCCCCAGUGGUGGGUUAGUUACAAAAACAUGUAA